UUAAAACCAUCGACAACAAGUUAUAAUAUUUGCAUUUAGGAGCUCUCUAUUUUCGCAAAAUCAUUUGCUCUGGUUUCAAGUUACAUUAUUUUAUAAGACAACUGCAGCAUUUCAUAGGAUAUGUAAAUCAAAAUACAACCCGCCAGUUUUCUGAAGUCAUCGCCAAAUUCUGUAAAAACAUGGCGGAUAUGGAGGAACCAACGGUGCAAAAACAACAUAAUUUAGAAAACAAWACUCGUCAAACUGAACCACAAUAUGAUAACCAAACCGUGAGAUACUCAGUUCCAGUGGAUUUAGAUUCGUCUUUAUCGUCAGCRAAGAGAUUUGGCGUGGUAGAUUUUGAUARACUUGGUGGUGAGGACAUUUUGGACGAAUUCGACCCUCUAAAGGAAUGUGAAAACAKCCCCCAAAGUGGGGGAAAUUCUGCGUCUUGUUUGAAUGUAAAAGACGAYAGGAGCUUAGCAAGGCACAGUGCACCCGGACUUUUAUUUGGGAGUCAGUCAGAUGAAGAAAUCUCAAACGACUUAGUAGGGGCAACAGGGUUCAGCCAUAUGCAUUUUGGAAGUGAAGAUGACAUCUUAGUUGGAAGUGGACAGUUUGAACAUAAUGGCAUUGAUGAGGAUCUACAGAAAACUGUAAAAAAAGAGCUUGAGCAUAUGGACAAGACAACAUCUGAUAAAGAAGAUGGUGACGCUGCAGUAUCAGUAUAUCCUUCACUGUCGUCAUAUGAUUUCCAUAGCAUUGCAAGGCAUCGUAUACUAUCUGUCUCAGGUUCUGACAAAAGUGGUAGACUUGUAAUAGUGUUUUCUGCUUGUCGUAUUCCUCCACUACAUCAGAUUGAUCAUCAUAAACUAUUACAAUAUAUCAAGCAUACAUUAGACCAAUAUGUAGAAAACGAUUACAGUAUUGUGUAUUUCCACUAUGGAUUGUCAAGCAAGAACAAACCUUCUUUUACCUGGCUAAUGCAAGUCUAUAGAGAGUUAGAAAGAAAAUAUAGGAAGAAUGUCAAGGCAAUGUACAUUGUACAUCCAUCAAACUUUAUCAARAUGGUCUGGGGCUUUUUCAGAAAACUUAUCAGUCAUAAGUUUGCCAAGAAAAUAACUUAUGCCAACUGUCUACAAGAAUUAUCAGCACAUGUUCACCUCAAUCAAUUAGAUAUACCAAAGGAAGUYGAAGAGCAUGAUGCCAGUGUGAUGACCAGGUAUAAACCCAGGUCAGCAGCGUCGUCAGUAUUCCAUACCACCAUUCCAGAGAUACCACCAACUCAGCAGUUUGGGGUCUCAUUAUCUUGGAUGACAGAACAUAAUAAUGGGGAUGUGAUUCCUGUUUGUAUAUCUACUUCAGUUACUUUCCUAACAGAAUAUGGUCUUGAUGUUGAAGGUCUUUUUAGAAGGUCUGCUAACAGCGCUCUUGUCAAAAGAGUUGCUGAGAUGUUUAACCUUGGGAAAACUGUGGAUUACAGUGAGUUUGGGGAUGUUCAUUGUGCUGCAGCAAUUAUCAAGAAGUUUUUGAGAGAGCUACCAGAACCUUUGCUUACCUUUGAGUUGUGUGAUAUUAUUCCAUCAGUUACAGCAAUAUCAGAUCGUAAUGAAAAGUUGAUGCAGACUUGGAGAAUUCUUCAUCGACAAAUUCCUAGUCAAAACUUUGAGCUUCUUAGAUAUAUAAUGAUGUUCCUUAAAGAGGUUCAAGCUCAUCCCAUUACUAAAAUGACAGCUAGUAAUCUAGCUAUUGUUUUUGGCCCUAAUCUUGUUUGGGGCAAAAACCAAGCAGCAUCAUUGGAUGCCAUGGCACAGAUCAACACAUUCACAUGUCUAAUGCUGGAAAACAUAGAAUACCUGUUUGCAGAUAUAAGCAGUUAGUCAAGAAAGGGUAGCCAGUUAAACUCUUAUACAAUAGCUGCUUCGUUUAUUCAGGAUCUUUAMUGUUAUUUAGGUUCUGGGCUUAUAUAGAUUUAUGUGAAUUGGGAUACCUGUGGCAAUUUGGCCCUGCUAAUAACCUGGGUACUAAUAUGACUCAUAACCCAUGGUCUUGUACAGUUAUAUCAGUUAUGUCAAAUAUUUCAAUUGAUAUUUUGAACGGGAUGGAUUAACUGCACUGAGAGAAAUGCUCAGUAGAACAUUUGUAUAGUCCCAAAGUUGAAAGCUGAGCCUAGAAGAGAGAAUUUAGAUUUGAUAGGUUUUCUAACAAGAAUUGGUAGCUUACUAGCCCAGUCUGUAGGUUGGUAGAUGAUUGAUAGAUGUUGGUAUUUGAUGUGAAUGCUUGAAUCAAAACCCUAGCAAAGUUUCUCCUCAAAAAUGGUCAAGGAUCUGUACAAAAUAUUGUUAUUUGCUUUCAUAGAAAAGUGACUUCUCUUCUUUGAAGAAAAGAAAUAUUAAUAAUAUUAUAUUUCAAUGAUAUUCUCUUAUCAGGGGGUAUGAUUUAGCAAUAUGGUAAAUUUAAGGGAUAUGUAUGCCCACAUUGCUAAAAACAUUCCCAACCCCUCCCCUCUCAAUCCCCCAGCCCACCCCCACCCCUCUCCACUGGGGAGCUGCUACACAGCUUCUUACAAUUGUAUCAAGAUGUUUGUAUCCAAACGUCUAAAUAUAGAAAUAACUAGUGUUUUGUCAAUAAAUAUUGUUAAGAUAAAUUAUUUUAUAUUGUAAUGAUUGAGGCAAAACACUAUUUAUCUGUAAAUUGCUUAAAAAUAUAUAUAUCUAUAUUUUUGAACUGUUAGAAGAAGUAUUUAAUUUGGUCGAGCACUGUAUAACAGAACRUAUUUGUAUAAAAAAUAAAAGAUCUUGCCAUGUAUUAUAGACGGUAACUCCCAUGCCAAUAUCCAUGCCUAAGUGUAGAGAUAAAGGGCUGGGAAUAAUGUUGCCAAUGCCACACCCCUCAAGUUACCAGUCUGUUGAUACAUGUAUGUCUGUGUUAGUAAACUCCUUCGCGCCUUUACACACUGUCUGAAACAGCUUCAUUUGGUCUCUCAAUCCAUCGACACUUUAUAUUAUCCAAAAGCCUCUACGAAGACCUCUUUUUUUUUUCCUAUGACGACCUAUGUUUAUGUUAUGUUUUUUCCAAUGCUCUUUCCAAGGAAGGACGUCACGCAGGCACGAAGCAUCAUGGCAACCAAUGUAAAUAAAAACAGCCCUUCAAUUAAUAAACACCAUGAUAUAAGAUACAUAUCUUUAUUAGAAAGUACAUUACAUAAAUAUAACAUGUAUUUUUCAUAUUAUAGUUUAGUAAGUUAAAAGCG